AAGCAUAUUCUAUUCCUGUCCAAAAAUAAACUUCACACUGACACUAACAUUUUUGUUUUCGUGUCAAUUUCUUAAAGCAUUUCAAUAUCUCCAUUAAUAAAAACCACACCCUCUCUUCAAUCACACACUCAUCACAUUCUCUUCUCUCCACACACAUAACCGUUUCUCAAUCGCUUCUUCAUUUCUCUUAAUCUUCUAGAACCUUCCUCAGCCAUGGCUGCAACCGCAACCGCUACCGAUACCAAUCUCUCCAAUCUCAAAACCGCUGUCGCUGGAUUGGAUCAAAUCAGUGAGAAUGAGAAAAGCGGAUUCAUCAACCUUGUUUCUCGUUAUCUCAGUGGCGAAGCUCAGCAUGUAGAAUGGAGUAAGAUCCAGACUCCUACUGAUGAAGUUGUUGUGCCUUAUGACACUUUGGCGCCAACUCCUGCUGGUGCUACGGAGAUUAAGAAUCUGUUGGAUAAACUUGUGGUGUUGAAGCUUAAUGGAGGCUUAGGGACAACUAUGGGUUGCACUGGUCCAAAAUCCGUCAUUGAAGUUCGUGAUGGGUUGACAUUUUUAGAUUUGAUUGUCAAACAAAUUGAGAACCUCAAUUCCAAAUAUGGAAGCAAUGUUCCUUUGCUUUUGAUGAACUCAUUCAACACUCACGACGACACUCAAAAGAUUGUUGAAAAGUACCAAAACCACAAUAUUGAGAUUCAUACUUUUAACCAGAGCCAGUAUCCUCGAUUAGUUGCUGAUGAUUUUUUGCCACUGCCUUCCAAAGGAAACACCGGCAAGGAUGGGUGGUACCCUCCUGGCCAUGGAGAUGUCUUCCCAUCAUUAUCAAACAGUGGAAAACUUGAUGCACUAUUAUCACAGGUUGACCCCAGAGCUCAAUUUUUUUUAUACUUGGACCGUCUUUUAUUCAUUAUGACCAGUAUCAUUGAUAUCGUUUUAUUUUCCCUUUUGUUCAUACAGGGUAAAGAGUACGUGUUUGUUGCCAAUUCAGAUAACUUGGGAGCUAUAGUUGACUUGAAAAUCUUAAACCAUCUGGUCGCGCACAAGAACGAAUAUUGUAUGGAGGUGACACCAAAAACAUUGGCCGAUGUUAAGGGUGGCACUUUGAUUUCUUAUGAAGGAAGGGUUCAGCUCCUGGAAAUUGCACAAGUCCCAGAUGAGCAUGUCGGUGAAUUCAAGUCAAUAGAGAAGUUCAAAAUUUUCAACACAAAUAAUUUGUGGGUGAACUUGAGCGCAAUCAAAAGACUUGUCGAAGCUGAUGCUCUUAAGAUGGAGAUUAUUCCCAAUCCAAAGGAAGUUGAUGGAGUUAAAGUUCUUCAGCUGGAAACUGCAGCUGGCGCAGCAAUAAGGUUCUUUGACAAGGCUAUUGGAAUUAAUGUUCCUCGAUCCCGAUUCCUUCCAGUGAAGGCAACUUCAGAUUUGCUUCUUGUCCAGUCAGACCUCUACACCUUGGAAGACGGAUCUGUCAUUCGGAACACAGCUAGGGCUAAUCCUGAAAACCCUUCUAUUGAACUUGGGCCAGAAUUUAAGAAGGUUAGCAACUUUUUGAGCCGCUUCAAGUCAAUUCCUAGUAUUGUUGAGCUCGACAGCCUAAAAGUGGCUGGUGAUGUAUGGUUCGGAGCUGGUGUCAUCCUCAAGGGGAAAGUCAGUAUCGUCGCGAAAUCUGGUGUGAAGCUGGAAAUUCCUGACGGAGCCGUAAUUGCAAACAAGGAAAUCAAUGGCCCAGAGGACCUGUGAAGAAGCUAAUGAGUUUUGAUGUAUCGGACUGUCUACAGUCAUGAAAGUCAUGUUAUUUGAAUCAUGUAUGUUUGAUAGGAAAGGGAAAUAAGAAGGCACUUUUUGUCGAGAGUGUGGAGCCUUGCUGGUUGUCUUGUGAUUAUGUUUAGAACAAAAAGUACCAAAAAGGUCGGCUAUGAUUUGAGUUCUUCCCGACUUCCCUUACAUAAGUUUUCAUGCAUUUUGUGUAACAACGUUAUCCAUCUGAUUUUGUCAUAUUCUAUUAUUCUACGUAUAUCCCCUCCUUAAGAAGUAA